ACAUUUUAUUUUAAAUGUCUGAAGUAUAUAUGAAAUCAGUCAGUUUAAAGAUGUUGCAACAGCGACAGCACACAUCAUCACCGGUCUCGUGAGCGUUGUGUAACCGUCCCAGGAGCGCCUCCCGAAGGAGGGGCGCCUCCUGCAGGCAGCUCGAGUUCCGGAACACGGCCGUCAUAACAACACCGAGAUCGGGGUUGGGGUUGAGCUAGAGUUAGCUUAGCCACAACCGAGGCCCGGGCCAAAUACAUUCGCUUUUUUAACACUUAGUUAGCUAGUUUUCUUCCUUAAAGCUAGCUGGCUAAUGUUAAUCUGACCGAGAAAAAAUGGAUUUCCAGUCGUUAUUCAACGAUAGAGCUUUCGAGCUGUCGGACUUCCAGGACUUCACGUUUCUCCCCGGGCAUCAGAAGUGGUCUGAGCGGGUGAGGAAGCGACUGUACUACGGCCUGGACCCUGAGGUCUCACUGGAUGACCUUUCCUGCCCGGUGACAGAUAUCGCUGUGGAAUUCCUCCAGAAGUCUGCCCCCAGCCCCAUACGCAAACUACACAAGAAGUAUGCCUCCCACGUUGCCAGGGAGGCGUGCAUCUCUCCCUGCGCCAUGAUGCUGGCCCUGAUCUACAUCGAGCGACUACGACACAGAAACCCCGAGUACCUGCAGAACAUCUCCUCCUCCGACCUCUUCCUGAUCUCUAUGAUGGUGGCAAGCAAAUACCUGUACGACGAAGGCGAGGACGAGGAGGUCUUCAACGACGAGUGGGGUGCCGCCGGGAAACUGGACGUCCAAACGGUCAACGCCCUGGAAAUGGAUUUCCUCAAUGCCAUGGAAUGGAGCCUAUUCACGGAGCCCGGGGACUUGUUUGACAUCCUGAGUCAGCUGGAAACCAGCAUCGCGGAGCAGCAGGGCAUGCGGCGUGGCUGGUUCACCUACACGGACCUCUGCGUGCUGCUGGAGCAGGCGGCCUGGAGACACGCCCUCACCACCGUCUACCAGCACGUCGCCAAGGUGUCCUGCAUGCUGGGCUUGGUGUACCUGACGGGCGUGGCCGGCCUCCUCGCCACCGACGCCGCCCUCCACCACCUCAGCCUUCCCCGUGACGCACCCCCCCCGCUGGGACCCCAGCUCGCCCCGACGCAGGACCCCUCCGCCGCCGCUGCCACCGCCACGCCGCCCGCCCCCGACGCCCGCCCGCCCCCGUGCUGUUUCCCCGGCAACGAGAGCCUCGACGACCGCCCGGCGCCCGCCCCCGUGCCCACCUCGGUGCUGUGCCUCUGGGGCUCGCUGCUGGCCACGCUGGGCCACGCCCCCCCGGAACGGGACCCCCGCCAGCGAGACCCCCCCCACCGCGGCUGGUCGUCCGCCGCCGCCUCGCUCUCCCGCCCCGCCUCGCACCCGGCGCCCCGGUGCGGCCGGAACGCCUCGGCCACGCCCCUCUACGACCCGCCUCCGCGUUACCCCGGCGACCGCCCGCACCACGCCAUCCCCGGGCCGUGGCCCGGCUCGGUCCUCCCCGACGGGAUGUCCGCCGCCGCCGCCGCUAUGAACUCUGGGUCGUCUCCGCCGCCGCCGCCGCCCCUCCGCUUGGCCGCCUCCCACCCGCGGUCGCUACUGCCGCUGGACAAGGCCCGAGCCAUCCUCAUGACGGGCUAG